AUGGAGGGGCCUCAGAACAUUCUCCUGACUAAUCCUCAUCCCCAUGGCGAUGUCAAGUUAUGUGACUUUGGUUUUGCGCGAUUGGUCAACUAUGGAGAAGACAUCAGGGACAUUAUUGGGACACCAGACUAUGUCGCACCAGAAGUUCUAAGUUAUGAGCCCAUAGGUACCUACACAGAUAUAUGGAGCGUGGGGGUGCUUGUCUACGUGAUGCUGACAGGGUGCUCGCCAUUUGCUGGAGAAGACAAACAGGAGACGUUCCUGAAUAUCUCCCAGGUCAACCUCGAUUUCCCAGAAGACCUAUUCUGUGAUAUCUCGGAAAACGCCAUAGAUUUCAUCUCUAAAUGUCUGGUCAGGCAGCCAGG